AACAUCUCUUGAUAGUGUGCACUUGAGUGAGCUUUUGCCAUAUGACUCUGUAGCAGCAAGUGUUUACCUUGAGGAAUCCAUGUUUACAAGUACUCAGUUUCUACCUUCAGUAGAAAUCUCUGUGACAUUCUAGACUAAAGUUAGAAAUAGCAAAUUAACUAUCUUCACUCUCCAUGCUAACAUUCUGAAUGGCUGUGGUUAAGUUUGCAUGACUGAACAGAAGCAAUGUGGCCAUGUCUUCUGAGUGGAACAUCUGAAAAUGCAGCACACACCAACGCAGGUCUAACAUGGGAACAAGUGCCUCCCUUUUGGUUUGUCAGUCACUGUCUUCAGUUAAAAUUAAGCCAGGCACAAAUAAAGUGGCACCAGAUUUCCAGCUCACCAAGAGGAGAAACAACUUUGGUGUUCCCCUUGAGACUCUUGCACAAGAGGCAACACAAUGCCAAGUUCCUUUUGUUGUGAUGCAGAUGGUGGAAUACCUAGAAAUGUUUGGCCUGGAUCACGUAGGUUUAUUUCGAAUCAGUGGCUCAGUGAACAAAAUCAAAGCAUUGAAGCGGAAGUAUGAUCAAGGUGAAAAAGUGGACCUCAUUAAUGAUGGUGACAUAGAUUCUGUUGCAAGCCUCUUUAAACUUUUCCUCAAGGAGCUUCCAGUGGCUGUUUUCCCAGACAACUUACAUGCUAACCUUCUUAAAACCUUUGAAGAUAAUAAGAACCACAUGGCUGAGUGUACGCGAUGUCUGAAAAGCUUAUUAAGCAGCUUUCCUAAGGCCCACUACAGCCUUUUCCAGUUCCUCUCUACCUUUCUGUUGAAGGUGGCAUCACACAGUGAAAUGAACCACAUGACCCUGGAAAACCUCGCCAUUGUAUUUGGGCCCACCCUUUUCCAAAUUCCUUUCAGUCCUUUGGCUCAUGAAAAACAAAUACUUUGUAAUGCACUCCUGCUGUAUUUGCUCCAGAACCAUGAGAUGCUAUUUGCAGACUCUGACAGCCAUUUCUCACUGACACAAGCAGACAACACUGAGAAAAACAACCUAGAAGACGCAGAAAGAACCAGUUACAAGUUAAGUAUUCAGGAUCAUUCCUUCAACAAUACAGCUUUAGCAGAGUGUGACGAGGAUACAGAGUCUGUACAUGAAGACCAAGCAGCAAGCUCCGUCCACAGAGAUGAAAACAACAAAGAAAACUAUCCCAACAACACUACAGUCUUAGAGGACAGCCAGCCAGCAUUACGAGAUACCCAGCAGCACGUGGAACAGACAGCUCAUGACUGUACACUACGGGUUGGAAUGGGCAAUUUAAAAUUAAGAAAGCCCAAAUCCAUUGCAAAACUAGAAAAUGGGAAAAACCAUGAAGAAAGUCAGGAGAUGGAGAAUGCAUUGCCAGGAUUCUCAGAAUGUCAAGGGAAAACAGGAAUGUCCGCUAAUGACUACACCCAGAAUGUGGCUUUCAGAUGCCAGGAAACAGUUGUGAGACUUCAACCAAGAAUAGAUCAGUGCGCAUUUCUUUCACCAAAGGAACCUACUGAACAACUGCAGAAUUUAAAUGAGGAAGAAACUCCUCAGGCUUUCAAGGAUCCUCCAGCCCCUUCAUCAAUUCAAUCCAGUGUGCAAAUUGAUGGGGCUAGUUGUGGAGAGCAAUGUCACUUCAUUUCUCCUAUUAUUGAUUUUAAUUUAAUGCAUCAGCAGAGAGAUAGUGAAGAGCCUGUACCAGCCCAUAGAGUCUGGCAGAGUGACGCAGACAACGGCCCAGAAGACCAUCACUCCUUAGGGACCAGUAGACUACUAUAUCAUAUUACUGAUGGAGAUAAUCCCCUUCUGUCACCACGCUGCUCAAUCUUUAGUCAAAGCCAGAGAUUUAAUUUAGACACAGAGUCGGCCCCUUCCCCACCAAGUGCUCAACUUUUCAUGAUGCCCAGAAGUUCUUCCAGGUGUAAUUGUGAGGACUGCAAAGAACCGCAGACAGUAAUGCAACUUACCAAACAUCUUCAAAGUCUCAAGAGAAAAAUCAGGAAGUUUGAAGAAAAGUUUGAACAAGAAAAAAAAUAUCGGCCUUCACAUGGUGACAAAACUUCCAAUCCUGAAGUCCUGAAAUGGAUGAAUGACUUGGCUAAAGGUCGUAAACAGCUCAAAGAGCUUAAACUCAAAAUGUCAGAAGAGCAAAACUGUACCCCUAAAGCACCCAAAAGAAUUGUGCAGCACGAGAGCACUGGAAUAUACAAGGAGACCAGGAAGCAAGAAGCAGCAAGUACUGAACCAAAUCCAUCCGUCGAAGAAACCAUGGAUACUGUAAUGAAGCGAUUAAAGGAGAAAAGACAACAGCUUAACCUCCCUGAGACUAUAAAGGAUAUGACAAAAAAGCAAAUGGCUUUGGAAAAAAUCAGUCUUCAGAAAUGUCUGCUAUAUUUUGAGAAUAUUCAUGGACGACCUGUAACUAAACAAGAGAGGAGUAUUAUGAAGCCUCUUUAUGACAGAUACAGAAUUAUCAAGCAACUUCUCUCAACACCAUCUUUGAUUACAACAAUUCAGGAGGAAGAAGAUUCAGAUGAAGACCAUUCUCAAAGCAGCCAUGAAUCAUCAUCCAAUCUGGCAUCUAACCUUCCUGUAGAUGACCAUCUGUAUUGCUCAGAUGAGGAGAAUGAGCCUGCAAUUGUUUCACCUCUGGAUGAAAAAAAGGCAAUCAAACAAUCAGCCCUAUCUCUGUCCAAUUUACAUGAGGCCACAAUGCCUGUGCUACUUGAACAUCUCAGAGAAACAAGAGCUGAUAAGAAACGGCUUCGCAAAGCUCUGAGAGAAUUUGAGGAACAGUUCUUUAAACAAACAGGAAGGAGUCCGCAAAAGGAAGAUCGCAUCCCCAUGGCUGAAGAGUACUCUGAAUAUAAGCACACCAAAGCCAAACUCAGGCUCUUAGAGGUUCUCAUCAGUAAGCACGAUGUCUCUAAAACAAUUUGAAGUCAAUGAAAUACAUAGCUAGUGUUUGCUAGCAAAAACCCAAACAAACAAAAAGAAUUUUACAGGUCUGGGUCUUUCUGCACAGUUAUUAGACACACUGAGAAUCUGAUGCACUUUAAUAAUCUUAUUAACUGAGAGUAGGAGAGGAUGGUAAUGUGUGUAAGAGUAUGUAAACGGGAGUGAGUGAACUGUAUUUUUUCCUUUUGGAAAAGCCUUGAAGUGCACUAUGAUAAUCUUAGAAGUUAAAGGGACACUGUAAAGUAGUUUAGGCCCUUAGUCUAACCCGCUUUACCUUAAAAUUUAUAAUCCGUUAGGGAAUGCCCUCCAGAUUCUAAAAAUAAUCAGAAAUCCACCACUCUGUCUCACUCAAAAGCAGUGUAAUCCACUGUAGGCAAAACAACUUAGAACAUCAUAUGUUAACUAAAAACCUAUAGACCAAAUUCUACCCUUAGGUGCAAUUCCCAUUGGCUUCAAAGAGAGGUGCAUACACAUGGACAAAAUUUGGCCCUGAAUUCUUGGAGCUGAGUAAAUUGAGGCUGCUGGAGAAAAAGAAAGUGGUAAAAUAACUGCCAAAUGCAAUCAUGUUUUUUGCAAAUGAGAAAACGUCUAUUUGGCAAAGCAACAAGGACUCACUGGUUAGGGAAGGAAUGCUUGUUUCAGGUUUGCCAAAGGGUAGUAUAAGACAAUGUAAAGGUACUAGGUGCUGGCCUGUUAAAUAUGGUUGGCAGUACUUUUAUAGUACCCUAAACAAAAUUCAGUAAAAUAAAUGGAUCAUACAUGCUGAUUUUUAGUUCUGUAUUAAACAUAGCACUUUAUUUUGCCUGAUGCUAUAAAAUUUUGCUUUUCGGACUACCAAAGCUUGUUUGGAAGCAUGCACUUUGUAAAAUGUUAAAGUAUUUCCUGUGUUAGAUAUCUAUAUUAAAAUAAUGAGAAUAGUUUAUUGCAUUCUGACAAGAUAUUUUGGAUAGAUAAAUGUAUGCAGUAUAUAAUUGAACGUCAUGGUUGUGAGAUGAGGAACUCUGGCCUUCUUGUUUCCUAAAAGUAAGACUACAAAAAUAUUUUUCUGUUGGAAUUAUGCAUCCUUCAGCACACCCCACUUUGUAAUGUAAAGGGAUUUUCCUCACUCUUGUGAUAAUCAUUUCUGUGUAAAGUGCAAUAUUUCACAGAAGGAUUGUCAGCAUUUUGUAUUUUUCAUUACAAAUCAAAGGCAGGGAAAAUGUCUAACCCAAACAUGAAGGAAGAGGUUAAAAAGGAAAUGCGUUGCAUCAUGUUUAGUGUUUUGUUUAAAUUGACAUUUUGUAUUAACUGCGUAUAAGCCACCUGUUUUGCUAUCUUAAGGAAAUGUUCAUCUUCCGAAGUCUAUUCUAUACCAAUCACGUUUGUAUUUAUAUUGUAUGUAAUGCUUCAGCAUGAUUUUAAGUAGUACCCAUUUUCAAAUGGUUUGGAGGAAAAAGUAUGACCACUACACAAUGUGGAUUUUUUUUUAUUUCUAUGAGGUUUGCUGUUUCACUGUAUUGACUUGACAAUUUAUAACUUUUAUGGAUCAGAAUGAUCUCCUUUCUAAAUCUGUUUUAAUUAAAGUAAUCUAAGAGCAACAGGAACAGAUACACAACUAUUUGAGGUUUACAAACUACAUCUUUGAUAAGAGAAAAUGGUUUCAUGACAUAUGUAUACAAUUGCUAUUAAAAUGUACUCUAUAUAUUCUAUAUGAUUGUAUAAUAUUUUAUACAACAGUACAAAUAAAAUAUUUUUCUAUUAUAUUUAUUAUGUUUAAACACAAUUUUUGUUUCCAGUUAGCUAAUAUAAAUAACACUGUCAAACAACAAGUUGGAAGUGCUGACAUUUCUAGGCUUCAAGAUUUAAAUCAUGCUGCAAUUACAACCUUUCAUGCUGUUUGGAGUUAUCCCAGUGUUUGUUCAGUAGAUUAAAAUAAAUGCAUAUUUAAACACCAUUAUAAGCCAUUAUUUUUAUUUUGCUAAAGCAGUUUAUAUAGGUUUUUGUUAUGUUUGGCCAGGAACAAACAAA